GCGUCUUGCAAUCUUCGCUUUGUUGGAGGGAUGCGCCCUGGCGAUCAAGGAUUGCAGGUGAAAUUUCAUGGAUUUCAAUCAAAGGAAGUAUUUUCUCCUCGCAGCGCUUCUCCUUCUCGUGGUUUGGUCGAAGCCAGGCCUCGAAAGCGCCAUCGUGUUAUCGUCGCGGCUCUUGAAGAUGUGGCGUCGGGAAUCGCAGUGCUGGGAAUCGUUGGAGCUGCCUCGUUUGCAUUGGCGAGAUUGCAAAAGGGAGCUGCGGAUCAAACGAGGGAGGAUUGUGGAGCUUGUAGUGGCACGGGACUAUGCCCACAAUGUAGUGGACAAGGAUUUGUCAUGAAAGAGCUUCUUCCUGAUGUUGCUGCCAAGGCAAAAAAGAGUGCGAAUGCCGCAAAGAGGAAUACAGCCGGGUUGCCAAAUAAGUGGAAGUACUGCGUGGCUUGUUCCGGCUCAAGAACAUGUCUCGAGUGUCAAGGAAGAGGCUGGAACUUACGAUCUUCUUGAAAGUUUUUCGAGCUUUAAAAGCUAAGUUCCAGAGAUGUUUGUCUCGAGCAGCUUGUCAUUCUAGCUUCCUACUUCUUCGUUUUCACUUACAAGAACACGCAAAAUCUGCACAAGCUGCCUUCGCGACGGGUCUUCUUGCAGGCAAAACGCGGCAGCAUGAAUCAUGCACUGUAUUUGGUAUUCGUCGACGUCAGUCCCAAGCCUCGGGUCCAGCAGUGACUUCGCGUCUCUAACUUCAAGCUUUGGACGAGCCUGGUGAAAAAGAUCAGGCUCGUCUGCUCGCAAGACAAAUCAAUCGCUCUGCGGCCAGUGAUAAUCUCCAACAGAACUAUGCCGAAGGAAUAAACAUCGGCUUUUUCUGUUGCCACGCCAGUUGCUCCAUACUCUGGAGCCACAUACCUUUGAAUGUCCAGGUAUGCCAUGUUUGCCAUUUUUCACAUUUAGUUUAGAGCAGCAGCCUACAAAAAAACCGCUUUGCUUACCCAGUAGCUGCUACUAGAGUCGUCUCCGGUGCCGCCGAGUCAUUUUCCCAUUUUGCAAGUCCAAAGUCUCCGACCUGUGGAAACUCAUCGUGUCAUUAGAUGUCUCUAAUGUCUCUACUCUCGGAAGCUCACAACUGGAGUAAAGUCAUGUCUUAAAAGUAUGUUGUGUGGCCGUAUGUCUCUGUGGAUAACUCUGCCUUGUGUGCAUUCGUGGUGAAGGUAGCGUAGUGCUUUGGCAAUACCCACAGCAAUGGUAUGCCUUGCAGGCCAUGAAAGCACAGUAGAGUUUUUUGCUGUGAAGGUUUUAGUGGAUGUUAUAAGAAUUAAGAGUAGAGCUUACCGGAGAGGUGCCAA